CAGCACGGUACUGCUUUAGUCAAAGUAUUCAAUGAUUUGCACUCCACUGACGAAGGUUGCAUUUUUAGGCCCAUAGUAUUACAUCUACAUAACAUGACAAAACGAAUAUCUUCAGGCACAUGGAUACUAAUUAAAAACAAGAAUCUUCCACAGCAGUUGGUUGGGUCAGUGGAUUGUGGAGUAUUCAUGUUGAUGUAUGCUCUGCACCUUGUCUUGGAUGCGCCAUUUGACUUCACAGCUUGUGAUUUACCCUUGAUCAGGAGGUGGUGGUGCUUCAUUCUGUUGGAGAAUUUUGCUGUUGAAAGGACAAAGGCGUUCACUAAAGGGGCACUGGAGAGUGUGAAUGAGACCCAGAGCAGUGAGGAGGAACCACUAAUAAAAAGGGACCUCCACACUGCAGUAAAAUGGUUGCACCAACAUAGACAGUUGUUCAGAGGUGCCGUGUCUGAGCCCCAUUUUCUGGAGAUGGAGGAGGAGGACCAAAGCCGAGCUCUCCAGGACAUCAUCGAUGCAGUUGAAACUGAAGAUUUAAUUUUGGCAAAAGAACCCUUUAUAUUUAUUUUUCAGUUUAGGGAUGAUAUGGAACUUUUCACUCAAAAAUGUCGGGAUAAAAUGAAACUUAAAGUAAACUGCAUAUUUAAUGAAUCAGUAUAAUUAUUGUCUGUUGCUACAUUGAUUGUU